UCCUUGAUCCGGCAUUUUCUAUCGAUUUCUUGUUGGAAUUACUUCCUCACUUCCGUGAUAAAUUAGAUGCAGAAUCGGCCAGUGUCAUAAAGCUUCAGAAGAGCAUUCAAAGUACAAGAUGGAGGCGCAACGCAAGCCUUUAGUGAGCGAAGAAGAGAAAAAACUUUCCGUGAACGAAAAGCUUGAUCUUCUCGACAGGGAAGUUCGUCUGCUGUACGAAUUCUGCAAGAACUCUGGAUUUAAACCUGGAGAAAUUGAAAAGGCGGCGGCCCCAUUCUUAAACACGACCAAGAGGGUAUCACGGAGAAGAUGGCGAAAACGGGCCAUCGAUGCGGGGAAAAUAGCUACCCUCUUCGCAAUUCUUGGGUUUGCAUUGUUUUACAUCGAUCCAGUUUACAGGGGAAUGUGUUUCUUCGCCCGUCGAACAACCAUCAAGAUGCUGCCGUAUUGGGAUUGGACAAAUUUGUAUGACCAGCCAUGUCUGAUAGAGAAUCCAUACUAUGAAGGCAAUCAGAUUACAGAAGAAGACUGUAUGGCAUGUGAAUCAAUGAACUCUAUACCAGUGGAGGAGAAUAUCACCCAUUCUGUGAUGUCGGAGUUGUACCUCAAAGGACUGAGCCCUGUUAUAGUGACUGAUGCUAUGAAGGACUGGCCAGAGAGGAAGAAUAUGAACAUAGGAUAUCUGACAGAGCUGUACACAACCCACGAAGUUGUCAAGGAAUAUAUGAGUUGUGAUUACCUCAGCAAUAUACGAGUCAAGUUUGGAAAUCAUCGGGUGCUGCUGCGAAAAAUUGUGGCUGGAGAAGUCAGUACAUACUUUGCUCACUGGGAAAACUGUUUUAAGGAAGCAGCUAGAGUGUUCCGUGAGGUAUUUCCACGUCCAUAUUUUCUGCCUCCAAUGGUGGAGCAGACGGACACAAACUUUAUCUUCAUCUCCUCAGGAUUUAAUGCCAAGAGUUACAAACCUAUUGACACUUGGUCAUCCAUGUUGACCUUUGCACAGAUCAAAGGUCAGAACAAAGUCAAGGUCACUCCCAAAAUGCCAUGUGACAAAAUGUGUGAAGCAUUUGAAGACACACUGGAUGAGGGUGAAAUUUUGGUUGUGCCGUACUUCUUGUGGAACUUUAGCUAUCUGCCAGUGGGGGGAGAGGAAAACAUUGCUUUCGGUGUUGGUGGAAAUUUUGACUGAUUGUUUGAGUGACAGCGGAAGAAGAAAAUCAACAUCUUUGAGAAAUCCUGUUUUCCUAGUUAUUUAUGAUCAAAAUCAUCCAACCCAAAAAGUUGGCCUAGUAAUUAGUAUGAGAGAGCGAAUACUCAAUAAAUAUGAAAUUAAUUACAGGAUUUCAACUUUCUAAGAAUCUAAUCAAAGCAAUAAAUUUACAUGCAAUGCAA